CGGCUCUACUGUGCAGAAGAACCUGCUCCUCGGUCCUACCUGUUCCUCAAUCCAGUGGUGUCCUGCUUUCACCGGCCAUCUGCUCUCCCCAUCGCUGGCAUCUUCAUCUCUAGUCAUCUCCUGCACUAUGUCUGCAGUCUCUGGUCAUGUCCGCAGUCUCUGGUCAUCUGUAGUAUGUCUGCAGUCUCUAGUCAUCCCCUGUACUAUGUCUGCAGUCUCUGGUCAUCCCCUGUACUAUGUCUGCAGUCUCUGGUCAUCCCCUGUGCUAUGUCUGCAGUCUCUGGUCAUCCCCUGUACUAUGUCUGCAGUCUCUGGUCAUCCCCUGUACUAUGUCUGCAGUCUCUGGUCAUCCCCUGUACUAAGUCUGCAGUCUCUGGUCAUCCCCUGUACUAUGUCUGCAGUCUCUGGUCAUCCCCUGUACUAUGUCCGCAGUCUCUGGUCAUUCCCUGUACUAUGUCCGCAGUCUCUGGUCAUUCCCUGUACUAUGUCCGCAGUCUCUGGUCAUUCCCUGUACUAUGUCCGCAGUCUCUGGUCAUCCCC